GGCAUGUAGGUAGACAAAGAAAAAAAGGGGAAAAAGCGAAAGCGUGGACAUAAUAAGUCCUUAUGUAUUUGAGGUGUGUUUCACUUACUAGGUGGUAACAUUAAUUUUCAAGUCUUACUUUGUUUGUGCAACUUGAUUUAUAAAUGUUUGCUUGUCAAAAUCAUUUCUCAUUGCCAUCUAUAUAUUAAUGUUUAAUUCACGUUAUGGUUUUUAUAGCAUUUUAUUUAGUUUAACUAACCAAAUUGAUUUUUUCUUUUUAUCUUUUCAAUAGGUUGAUGGCUCGGAAAAGAAAGCGAGUGCGUGAAACCGAAAAUUCUGACAACAACGAAUGCGAGGAAGAAAGAGGUCGCACGGUGCUUAGAAUGGUUGGGAAAGCUAUCCAGGCUGUCUCAAAAAUCCCUUUACAAUGGCAUCCAACCAAAAGAAUCCCUAUUGGGAGUCAUAGAGGUCAUUUUUCCACCUAUAUUGGUGUAGUUGUGCGUGAAAGAGUAAGUAUCACCUACAACAAGUGGUUAAAUGUUCCACAAGCAGUUCUAGAUCAUUUGUAUGACAAUAUCUCGAGGGGGGUUUGAUGUCCUUGAAGGUAGCAAAAGAUGGAUACUAAAUCGAGCUUCUGAUCGGUGGAGAGCUUUCAAGACUAGACUAAGACUUAGGUGGUUGUAUCUCAAAGAUGGAUCAAUUAACAGUACACCACCUUUGAAAUAUCCUUUUAUAACUCCGAAUGAUUGGGGGGCAUUCAUCACAGCUUGUAGUUCUAAUGACUUCAAGAAAUUGAGUGAAAGUAAUCGUGAAAGGUCUAAAAAGAAGACCUCAAAGUAUCGAGGUGGGAGACUAGGCUAUCAAUAUUUUGAAGAAGAAAUUGUAAGUAUAUGUUGCUUUUAUUCUGCCCUUGAUAUGAUCUAUCCUAUGUCCCUAUGUCCACAUUCUCCAUUAUGCUAUCAAAUUUUUGUGUUGAUGUCCCUUCUAUUGUCUCAACUCUCAAUAAAGAACAAAUAAAUACCAUUGUCGCGACAAUGGUAGUUAGACCUCUCUGGUUACAUAAGAUAAAAUAUCAAAGUAUGAUAAUACGAGUAGUAUGUAAGAAUGAAUGGUUAUUAAAAGAAAUCACGUGCCUUGAAUAAAUCUUUAAUUAUACUUCUUAAUUGUUAUUGAGUCGGUGAUUAAAUGAGGAGUCAAUGAGAUGGUUCGUUCGUUAAGAAAGGUUAAAUAUUAAGCUUAUUACCACUCUUUUGUUGAAGGAGUUUUCGAUGUUAUGUCCAAAGCAACUUUGUAACAUUGUUAGUGAUUUUGAAAGCGAUACCUGAAAAUAGUACAGGAAACAUUCAUAACAGUUAGAAGAAAUCAAUUAAUCACUUGAAUCUACAGAGUAAAGACAAACGGUACAAAUUGAUGAUAUAUAGUGUGAUCGAGAUGUUGAUCAAACUUCAACUGUAAGCUGAUUAAAUCUUGGCAUACAAUAUAGUAAAGUUAGGCUCAACAUAUGCCACUGAAUUCGAGUUUUUGCUUUUAGCAUUGAAAACAACCAGAAUGUCUUUUACCAAAAUAUGAUCAAUGGAAAUAAAUCUAUCAUAAACUGGCAGAAUCUAACCCCAAAUUUACAACAUCAAAAGUUGGAAAUCUUCAUGAUCAAGGGAGUUUUUUUUUUUUCGUUAAAACUUAGUUUUCUUAUACAUUCACAAACACAAAGAACAGAAUCUAUAUAAUAAGUAAAAGAUGUAUGAUGCUAUUGUCCUAACAAACUGAGUUCAUAUUCCACUGUCCUGUUCUUCUGCUACUGUCCUGUUCUUUUUUUUAUUAUUAUGCUACUGUCCUAAUAAACUGAGUUCAUAUGCUACUGCCCUGUUUUUCUGCCACAAUUAGCCGUUGCUUGUGUUGGUGUUGAGGGGUUGUCCUGCUGCUGUUGUGUUUUGUUUUUACCUCCUGUUGUACACGAAAGUGAUUGGUGGUGGGUGCAUUGCACUAUCAUUACUCAUUGCUCUUCAUUUCACUGUAAUGCCAUAAGUGAUUUUAUGUUUGUUGCUUUCUUAUUAAAUUAUGAAGUUGUCUCUUCCUUGACAAGUUAUAAAAUUCUUAAAAGGGGUAGUGUUGUAUGAAUUAGCAUAACUGAUUACUGGAUAUAGUGCGAGGGUGGGGGGGAGUUGUAUGCUGGGAUGCUCGAGGGAAGUUGGUUGCUUGCUACUUCUGUGAGGCGUGUAGAUGUGUGUGUUGGGGGGUUGACCUUGCAGAAGCUUGUGCUGCUAACUAGGUUUGGUGCGAGAAGAUUGGGGUUUAUGAAAGUGCACUUAGAAUGUGAUGGUCUUGCUGUUGUCCAAGCAAUUUAGAACAAGAAGAUUGGAGUUGUUGUCCUUUGUGCUAGAAGGUUGGAACUAUGUGGUAGAAGAUUAAAACUCAGUGCACAAUAGAGAACAAAUUGCUGGUAAAGAUUGUCCACUUGGACAGAAGCAGCUUGAAAUAUUGAAUACAUCCCCAUUUUUUUAAAUGACAUCCCAGAUUCCCAGUGGCUUUAGCUACACAUGAUAGCAGAACACAAUAUCUAUGUUCUGUUCAUGUUUCAUCAAGGCACAUAAGAAACUCGAACAUUUAACCAAGAUAAAAUGAAAAAUUAGCAGAAGAAAAAGAAGGCAAAUACCUCAAUUGGAUUAAAUUUCCAAACUGAGGGAAGUAAUUAAUAAGCAAUAUUCACUGCUAUAAUUUAAAGAAAUUAAAAUCCAUGUAACAACUUCUAAUUUUCGUAGCUAUAGAAGGCUGCAAAAGUUUUAAAACACAAAGUUGAUAAGAUGAUCUCCUACAGAACAAGAAAAUAAUGAUAUGUCCAUUUUGUAUAGUGUUUUACCCCCGUCCCUUAGUCGUU